AUGCGGUCGCUCGCUGCAGAGAUGGCGAGCAUGAGAACGAGGAGAUACCACAGCGCAAUUUCCGCCAAAAAGGCUCCUGCCUUGACCAGAGCCUUGACCAUCACAGCGGUCGCAACAGGCGGAGCGGGAGGAGCAAUGCUGACUCUGAGUGCCAACCUUACUCCUCCGUACGCUGCAGCUGCGACACCUGCCAACUUGCCGGAGCGUCGCGACAGCCAGAGGCAUGGGGAUAGCAGCCCGUCGGCCAAGAUGUGGGAUUACUUGCGGUCGAGGCUGAAGAAAACGCUGAGGGGGCUCCUCUGGUCCCUGGAGAUGUUGCUUCUCUGGUCUCCUGUCGUUGUUUCUGGAGCUGCGGUGGGCGUGCUAUGCCAGCUGCCGCUUGUUCCCGAGGAGACUUCAUCGCACUUUUCAAAGCUGUGGUGGGCGUUCCUGUUGAAAGCCCUUGCCAGGAGCGGGCCCACAUUUAUUUAUAGGACUGCCCAAUGGGUCAAAGACCGACAGGACAGGCUUCCGACACAGGUUUGCAGCAAUGUACGGAAGCUAAACGCGUGCACCAGGGCCUCCUGCUUGACGGGCGGGGGAUCUUGGCGUGGUCUCGCAUGCGGUCUCGGCGACGAAGACAGGGAGACAGUACGCGUUCUCUUCUCCGCCGUCAUGGUAGGCGACGGGGAGCUGGCUGGUUCGGUGAUCAUCGAGCGGGCAAGAGACCAGCGGUGCACCGACCCUGAGGCCUUUUGCAAAGACGUGAACGAAGCGAUUCAGAGGGCUAGGCUUGGGGAGGCCCAGGCGGGGGAGUUGUUGGCGCGCAUCUUCAGGUUGUGCUUGAAGUACGAGGUGAGACUCGAGCCCAGGGUGGCACUUAAGGUGAUCACCGUGGCCGUCCUGGAAGGGCUCCACCGAACCCUUGCCCCCGACUGCAACAUGCUGACGGCUGCGCUACCGUCGGUUUUGACAGCCGUUCCAAUGAAGACGGCCGGCGCGGGGUAAAAGCGAGUUCUUCGCGCUGCCGGCGGCGUCGAGUGCAGCUGCGUGCAAUGGCCAGAGCAUCUACCAGAGACGUUUCUGCUGUCACUGCUGUGCGCAUGCCUCUCUGAAACGACAGCAGCGCAGCACCGCCUGCGCAGGAUUUUAAGAGUAUCUAGAAAAAGCAUAGGGAGGGGUCACGCAGACCCUACCCCUAACCCUAACCCUAACCCUAACCCCAAAGCACGGAUUGAAUACUUUAUCCCAUAUGAUAGCUUAAUCACUUUUGCUGCGUAGACUACUGGCAGUGCAGGGGAUCGAUCCUUUUUUUUAUCGUCGGGAACAGGACUGUAUACAGAUUUGUAGAUAUUUCUUCUUGGUUCGUUGGGGUCCGCGGGGCUCUUCUGUAGUCACAACACGUCAGCUGUGUGAGCUGUUGAGCUGGCCCUGCUGCCAAAGACUGCAUUUUCGUCUUGCAUCACCCCUUGGUGACAUGUGUCA